AUGAAUAUCAGUAUGCGCUCCAGCCAAUCCUCCUACGGGGACCCGCGGUAUCUCUCGACCAUGACCGCCUCCGAUGCUCCAGCUCCAGUGCCGCCGCACGGAAAGACACUCGUGGACGGGUAUCGGGAUGCUCUGGACCCCCAACAUGAGGAGCGGUCACGAUACAACCCACUCAACCCGACUCACCCGCGAAGCUCGGGGGAUAGCACGAAUUACGAAGUCUUAUCCCUCGAGGAGGUGGAAGAGCUGAAGAAGGAAGUCACGUUGCUCUCCACUCGCAUCCAUGGCACGAAACGGAAACUGGCGCUCGAAACAAAACUGCGUGACGCGGCGCAGUCUCUCGGUAGGCUCUACAGCCCGCCCAGCCCGCGGAGCAGCGGCGAAUACGGCGCCAAUGGCGGUUCGAACUCGCACCGGAUGAGCCGGGGUAUAUUUGGUCGCAGUGGGGCUUCCGAGGCCCUCGACAAGAGCGAUUCCGAACUCGCGGUCAGCCAGCGGCGAUGUGAGGAGCUGGCGCAGGAACUCUGGAAGCUGGAGAAAAGGUCUCAGACGAUCACACAGCGCUUGUUGGAGCACACUGCGGGUGUCUUGCAGAUGACGCACAAGGGUCUCAAGAAAGGUCCCAAGAACCCUGCUCGCACGUCGGAUAGCACCUAUGAUGAUCACAAAUUCGACGAUCGCAGUCUUUACCGCACAACCGAACAUUUGGAUAGCUUUGGCGUGAACGGGAAGAUCGAGACCAACGCGGCUGCCGUAAUGAAUACCGAGGCCAUGCAGGCUACAGAACGACGGUUGGAGGAACUUAGCGAGCGCAUGCAUGACAUGAUGAUACAGUCCAACCCCGGUGAAUUCAUCGAUCCUCCUCCGCAGCUGUCAGGGGUGGAGGGCCCGGGAGACGUUCCGGCUCCUACGGCUGCUCGCGAUAUCGACCCUGAAGCCGAGGGCGCCUGGAAACACCAACUCACCGAAAUCAACAACCAAGUGCAAACCAUUGUUGACCGGUUUGGUUUGACCCGUUCACCAACCUUGCCUCCGCCCCCUGACGCGUCUCACGGCGAGGGGCUGGAAGAACAACUUUCAUACCUUCAGGCUGGUGUAGAUGGCCUGGAGAGUCGAGUGGAUGGAGUGCUUGAGCAGAAGAGUAUUCUCACCACGCAAAUCCAGCAGCAACGCGAGCUCAACUCCAAGUCUGACGCCGAACGCGAUGCCCAUAUCGGCGAUCUGACGGAACAGUUGACCCACGUUCGCAGAGACCUUGAAGUAUCUGAGCGUGAAGCCAACGCCAGUCGCGACGAGCUGGCUCUUGUCAUGGAACAGCUCAACGCAAUGCGCCACAAUGGCUCUUCCCAGGACGAAGCCAAGGCGACUCUAGUUCAGGCCGAGGGCGAAGUCGCGCGUUUGCAAAGCGUUGUUUCCUCGUUGCACACCGAAGCUGAUGCCAGGAUCAACGAAGUCAGCGAAGCCCGAGAAGCCCAAGAUAAAGCAGAGGCUGAGGUUAAGCGCCUGCAACAAUACAUCGACGAUGUGCAGAGAGACAACGAUGUCAAAUCCGAGGAAGUCAGUGAUGCCCGCGACCGCGCAGAAGGUGAGGUCAAGCGCUUACAGGCCGUCAUUGUAUCAUUGCAAAAUGAUACCGAUGCUAGGAGCGAAGAGGCCAGAGAGGCCCGCGACCAUGCGGAGGAAGAAGUGAAGCGCCUGCAGGUCAUCAUUACAUCUUUGCAGAAUGAUACCGAUGCUAAGCUGAAAGAGGCCAUAGAGGCCCGCGAUCGUGCGGAAGACGAAGUCAAGCGUCUACAUGCCAUUAUUGAGACUUUGCAAAAUGAGACCGAUGCUAAGCUGAAAGAGGCCAUAGAGGCCCGCGAUCGUGCGGAAGACGAAGUCAAGCGUCUACAUGCCGUUAUUGAGACUUUGCAAAAUGAGACCGAUACUAGAGGCGAGGACGUCAAGGAAGCCAGGGACCGCGCGGAGAACGAGGUUCAACGCCUCCAGAGCCUCGUUGAAACACUGCAGAAUGAUAGCGAUUCUAGAUCCGAGGAAGUUAGGGGUGCUCGUGACCGCGCAGAGCAAGAAGUUGCUCAGCUCGAAGCCGCAAUCCAACAGAUUCGGAUUCAAUCUGAUGCCCGUAUUAAGGAAGCGGAUGAUCAGCGCGCAGAGUCCGACCACAACGCCACUCGCCUACAGAAUGAGUUAACAGAACUUGAAGGCGAGAUUGUGCGGGUCACAACUGAACUGACGAUGGCCAAGGCAGAGCUGGAUGGUGCCUAUGGUACUCGAGCCGAGCGCGCGGCAGAGGUGGCUGCCAACCCUAGUAUCCAAAGGGAGAAUGAUGCACUGGUUACGCGAAAUAUCGAGCUCACUGAAGAACUGGCUGCUCUGAAGAGCCAGCGAGGAGGUGGCGAUCUUCAGCAGCGGGCGGAUACUCUUGAAAGAGAACUUCGUGAGACCAUCGAUGACUACGAAGCCAUGACGAAAGCCAGCAUCGAGUUUGAGAAGGAACGAGAACGCUUCGAAAGUUUCAUUGACAGUCUUCGGGAUCGUUGCGAGCAACUCGAGACACAACUGGCAGAAGAACGUAUUAGCUGGAUGAACUUGAGUAGUCCCACAUCCAUGGGCCGCGAUGGUGCUUCUGAGACAACAUCUACCAUGGUGCUCAAGAAUGAGUUCAAGAAGAUGAUGCGUGACACGCGCAACGAGAACAUGAAGAUACUGAGGGCCGAACAAGAAGAGCGCCGCAGGAUUGAAGGGUUGCUGCGAGCCCUAAGAAAGGAGCACGCCCAGGUGACUGGCAAGCCAAUGCCCAGCCCAGGUGGCACUCCAUUAUGA